AUGCAUCGAUUCAUCUUUAUUCUUAUUCUUUCUUUGUUCAAAGGUCCUAGUCAAUCCCUAACUGAUCGAAAAGGAACUUAUUUUAACAUCGAUCUUAUUCAUCGUGAUUCACCACUAUCCCCAUUUUACGAUCCGUCUAUCACUCAGUCUGAACGUAUGAAAAAGGCCACACUACAUUCCCUUAAUAGAGCCAACUUCUUUCACUCAUCUAUGCAUAUCAAUGGUAAAAGAGUUAUGUCACCACUCAUUGAAAUUGAAGGUGAAUAUAUCAUGAAGAUUUAUAUUGGUUACCCACCAAUUGAAUUUCUUGCUAUUGCAGACACAAGAAAUAACCUUAUAUGGACACAAUGUGCUUCUUCUCAUAUAAAUCACCACAGAAAUGGAAAGUUCUUUAAUCCGCUACAAUCCACCACCUAUGAUGUCGUUCCUUAUGGAUCAGAAUUUUGUGAGGCACUGCAAGAAAAUUGGAGUGGGCUCUUAAAUUCCUACAAAUACAAUGAAACUUAUAGGGAUGGUUCAUAUACAAUAGGGAUACCAGGUAAUGACACAAUCUACUUAACUAAAGCUAGCAAUGAAGUAAUUGAUCUCCGUGGAGUAGUGUUUGGAUGUAGUGAACAAAAUUACUUACAUGAUGCUAAUUUUGGUAUUCGGUAUUAUUGGCCUUGGACCAGGGUUGUUAUCGUUAAUUUCUCAAUUGAAAACCUCAAUAGAACCUUUCCUAGAUCAUCAUCAAUUAUGAAUAAGUUGAGACUUGGAGUGGAAGCAAAAAUUUAUGGGACAGAAGUUGUUUCAACCCGACUUGUGCCUGACGAUCCUUUUGAACACUACUGCAUCAAGCUUGAAGUUCUUACAAUCUUACACACAAGCUUUUACAAUGAUCUCAAAGCUCUUGUAGAAAAUGUGAUUCAUGAUAGCCCAGUACUAAAUCCACCGGAACAAUAUAAUUUGUGCUAUGAUGUAGAAUCCAUAAACCUUGACGACAUUCCAGAAAUGAUUUUCCAUUUUACCAGUGCAGACCUUCGUCUAACAUAUGAAGAUGCAUUUACAACGUAUGAAGAUAGUUUGAUUUGUAUGAAAAUAGUCCCAAAUGAUCAUCUUUCCAUUCUCAGGAGUUUGGCACAAGUGGACUUCCAAGUGGAAAUUGACCUCCAAAAUAGUCAAGUCUCCUUCGCUGAAGCAAAUUGCAGCGCAUUUUGA